CUUUGGGCUUCUUGGCUCCUGAAUGGACUGGGCAUGACAUUGCAUGGGGAAUCUGAGUUCUGCCUGAAAUAUGACUCUAUUCUCCUAUCUUUCAGAUCUCACUGGAAGAGAAUGGAUAUUGGAAACAGCUCAUUGGUCACUGAGUUUAUCCUUGUGGGUUUAACUAAACAUCCGGAGAUCCAGGUGCCCCUGUUCUUCCUCUUCUUGGGAAUUUACAUAAUCACCGUGGCAGGAAACCUGGGCUUGGUCACUCUAAUUAGACUGACUUCUCACCUCCACACUCCAAUGUACUACUUCCUCCUUAAUUUAUCCUGUAUUGAUCUCUGUUACUCUUCUGUCAUCACCCCCAAACUGUUGGUAAACUUUCUGUCAAAGAGGAACACCAUCUCCUAUGCAGGAUGCAUGACUCAGCUGUUUUUCUACUGCUUCUUUGUCAAUGCAGAGUGCUAUGUACUGACAGUGAUGGCCUAUGAUCGCUAUGUGGCCAUCUGCAAGCCCCUGUUGUACAAGGUCACCAUGUCCCCUCAGGUCUGCUCUCUAAUGGCUGUGAUUGUAUACUUGGGGGCCUUUAUUGCUGCCUGGGCCCACACAGGAUGCAUGUUGAGGUUGACCUUCUGUGAUGCCAACACCAUCAACCACUACAUGUGUGACAUCCUCCCCCUCCUGGAGCUCUCCUGCACCAGCACUCACAUCAAUGAACUGGUGGUUCUCAUCAUCGUUGGCUUUGAUGUUGGUGUGCCUGGCCUCACCGUCACUGUUUCAUAUGCUUUUAUCCUUUCCAGUAUCCUCCACAUCAGUUCCACAGAAGGAAGGUCCAAAGCGUUCAGUACUUGUAGCUCACAUAUAAUUGUUGUUUCUGUUUUCUUUGGGUCAGGGGCAUUCAUGUAUCUUCAUCCUUCUUCUGUUUUGUCCAUGAACCAGAAGAAAGUGUCCACUGUAUUCUAUACCAUUUUGGUGCCUAUGCUUAAUCCUCUGAUCUAUAGCUUCAGAAAUAAGGAGGUUAAGGUUGCCCUGAAAAAAACCUUCAGUAGAAAAAUAUUUUUCUGA